CGCUUUGUCUCCCUUGCGCACGCUCGUGAACUUUGCCUUAUAUAUGUGACCUCACAGCUCGUCAGACUGAACGUAACGUUUUGGCCAACUAAAGCACAAUGGCUCUUCUCCAGAGGUUUGUCACUCGCAGGGGAGUUUGGAAUUUGCUGAAGACACAGAGAGCAUGCAUGUCAGCGCUUCCUCAGCCCUUGGUGAAACCAGAUAUUAAAUAUGAAAAGCUUUUCAUCAACAAUGAAUGGGUAAACUCUGCAUCUGGAAAGACAUUUCCAACCAUCAAUCCAGCUACAGGGGAACAGAUCUGUGAGGUUGCUGAAGGUGACAAGGCUGACGUAGAUAUUGCUGUAAAAGCUGCCAAAGAAGCGUUCCGGUUAGGUUCACCAUGGAGAACAAUGGAUGCUGCCCAGAGAGGCCACCUCCUGAACAGGCUGGCAGACUUGAUAGACAGGGACCGUCACUACAUCGCUUCUCUAGAAACCUUAGACAAUGGCAAACCCUACAACAUUUCCUAUGCAGUGGACUUGGAACUGGUCAUCAAGUGCUACAGGUACUAUGCUGGAUGGGCAGAUAAAAAUCAUGGAAAGGUUAUCCCAAUUUGUGGUGACUAUUUUUCGUACACGAGACAUGAGCCUGUGGGAGUUUGUGGACAGAUCAUCCCAUGGAACUUCCCCCUCCUGAUGCAGGCAUGGAAGUUAGGUCCCGCCCUGUCCAUGGGAAACACUGUGGUGAUGAAAGUUGCUGAACAAACACCACUCACUGCCCUCUACAUAGCACAGCUUGCCAAGGAGGCUGGAUUUCCUCCUGGUGUCAUCAACAUCGUCCCUGGAUAUGGACCCACAGCUGGUGCUGCCAUUGCUGAGCACAUGGAUGUGGACAAAGUGGCCUUUACCGGCUCAACAGAGGUAGGACAACUAAUACCUGUCAUGGCAGCCCGUAGUAACCUGAAGAGAGUCACUUUGGAACUGGGAGGCAAAAGCCCUAACAUCGUCCUAGCUGAUGCUGACAUGGUCCAGGCAGUAGAGAAUUCCCACUUCGCCCUGUUUUUCAACCAGGGUCAGUGCUGCUGUGCCGGGUCCAGGACGUUUGUACAGGAAAGUGUGUAUGAUGAAUUUGUGGAGCGAAGCGUUGAGAGGGCAAAUAAGCGCACUGUGGGAAACCCCUUUGAUUCUGCCAACGAGCAAGGUCCCCAGGUUGACAAGGAACAGAUGGAGAAAAUCCUGGCUCUCAUCGACAGUGGAAAACAAGAGGGAGCUAAGCUUGCAGCUGGAGGGAACCGUGUUGGUGACAAGGGUUACUUCAUAGAGCCAACUGUCUUCACCGACGUCCAGGACAACAUGAGGAUUGCCAAAGAAGAGAUUUUCGGACCUGUGAUGCAGAUCAUGAAGUUUAAGACAAUGGAGGAGCUGAUUGAAAGGUCACAUGACACAAUUUAUGGUCUGGCCGCUGCUGUCCACACCCGGGAUCUUGAUAAUGCCUUGUAUCUGGCCAACAGUCUUCGGGCUGGCUCUGUCUGGGUGAAUUGUUUUGAUAUCUUUGAUGCGGCCCAACCUUUUGGUGGCUACAAGAUGUCUGGUAAUGGCCGUGAGCUUGGAGAGUAUGGACUAGAGGCUUACACAGAGACUAAAGCUGUAUGUAUCAAAGUCCCAAAGAAGAAUUCGUAAAUCGUGAAGCUGAAACAAGCGGCGAUGAAUUACUCUGAUAGUGCUUUUAAUGUUCCUAUAAUGUUUUCAUUGUGCUGGUAUAUCAGACAAACGCCAUCCCGAGAGACUGAUGGUUUUACAAAGGCUGUUUGGUGCAACCCAAAUGUGUACAUGUGAAUGACAUUUAGAUUUUUACCAUAUAUUUGAUAUUAUUUAAGUAUAGAUUCAAGUUGUUGGAGAAAUCGCUACACAUGUACAAAUCAUUGUUAAUCCGUAUAAUCAGUGUCGAAGAAACUCGAAUUAGUAGUAGACCUAUCUAUGCUAUGGAUUUGUCUUAAAAGACAAAGCUCUUGUUAUACUACACAUUGCAUUUUUGAAAAAACUCUAUCAUUUGAAAUAACAUUUCAGAAAAUUCAUUUACAUGGAGAUAAAAUUAACAAAGACAUUGUAUAUGAAAUUCUGAUGUAUAUUUUCAAAUUACUGGGCAUUUGAUGUAUAUAAUGAAUCUUUUAACUAGAAUUAGUUAAUUACUCUUUAAAUGAAGUUAUUGUACCAAUUAGAAAGUAUAUGAAUCAUUGUACAGAUAUAGUAUUAGUUAAUAGAGUGGUCUUGUUGAAUUGAAUUUUCAUUAAGUGUUAUGUUAGAAAUGUCUUCUGCCAUAGCUUGUUAAUUCCACCCUUAAGUAAUUUAUCAAUCAUGUAAAUGAUGGUUGCAUUAAUUACCAAAGGGUUGUAAAACCUGGAUAUCUACCCAGGUUUAUGAGGGAUUGGAUCACCCGAUAAUCUGUUUUGCUGUACCUACAAUUUGUAGUGUCUACACAAAAGUCCUAAUCAAUUUCUCUCUGAAAUUUUAUUGGAAAUAAACACAAUCUGAAUAUAG